AUGUGGGGAGCACCCGGUGGCGGCAAGUACGGCGGCGGCGGCGGCGGCGGGACAGGUGGGGCAGGCCGAGAAUGGGUGCCUAGCCCUGGCGGCCACAUGCAGACCCAGCGCGAGCAGGCGGGUGGGGGCAUGUCCAACAACAGCGCAGCUGCACCGGGCGCAGGCAUUGUCGUCACAAAGUGGGAGCAAUUGCAGCUCAAGCCCGACCUUUUGCGUUCCAUCUCCAAAUAUGGCAUUGGCCCUCCAAACAAGAUUCAAGCCCGUGUACUCCCGUUCAUGCUCAAGGGCUCGGACAUCAUCGCGCAGGCCCCUCCCACGCAGGAACGCAUCAUAUCAUACGUGAUCCCCGCCCUCCAGUUAUGUCUCACCCUCGCGCCCAUGCAGGGCCCAUUCCGUGGUCCUUCUGUCAUCAUCAUCACCACCACCGUGGACCAGGCCACGCAGUGUCACAAGCUUGUACGCAACGUCGGCGGUCCUCUCGGCGUCCGUGCUGCGCUCGCCGCCGGUGCUACGGGCUCGAGCUCGUUGCCCAACGAGGUGGCAAACAUGCAACGCGACGGGAUUCAGAUCCUAAUUGGAACACCGGCAAAGAUCAACGAAAUUAUGAAUGCCAGGGGCAGCCUCUCCGGAGCCGAGUGCCGUCUCCUUAUCCUCGACGAGGUUGACCAAUUAAUUGCCCGCAACCUGUACGAGAAUGUCCUGAGCGUCGCUCGGCUUCUCCCAUCACCACGCCGAGGCGGCGGUGGCGGUGGGCCGCUUACUCCUGGUGGAUUCUCGACGACCGUUGGCAGCCCCUUUGACAAUGGCGCACACUCGCCCUUCAACCCGCAGAGCAAGACCCCAUUCCCCUCCGCCCAGCCUUCACGGUUCAGCACUCCAGGCCCUAGCGGCCAGCCUCCUAGGUCGGCCUCCUCCCCCAUCGAACGCCAGACGUGCAUCUUCUCAAACACGAUUCCAACCGACGUCAUCACUUUCUCGAACCAGUUGGAAGUUCGCGACCCUGUGCGCGUCUUGGUGCGCCGCGAGGGCACGACCAACUCGCAGGAGUCGGUGUCAUCAAUCAGCCCCGGUCUCAGCGUCAAGCACACAUAUGUCUAUCUCACGAUUACUGGAUCAGCUCGCUCCGAGGAGCAGUCAGCCGACGCCGGGCCGGGCACCAUUGGCUCAGGCCGCGCGAACGCUGGCGGGAUGAGCGAGGAGGCCGCUCGUGCUAAGGAGUACAAGCUCGACACGCUCGUCAAGAUGCUCGAUGACUACCCACUGUGGCAGGCGAUUAUCCAUGUCGGCUCGUACUCGAUGCUCGAGGCUGUCGUGUACAAGCUCUCUGGACGACAGUGGGAAACGCUAUACCUAUCGCCCGACAUGCCGCCGCCACAGAAGAAGGCCAUGCUGCAACAAUGGCGUAUGAGCAUUGCAGGCCAGGGCCCGCGCUUCCUCGUGUGCUUUGAUGUCAACCCCAAGCCGCCCGAGAUCCCUUGGGCUCCCCUCGUCAUCAACUUUGACCUGCCGAGGUCUGUGGAGGGCUAUGCUCUCCGCGCAGCUGCCGCCAUGCCCCCUACGUCGCGGCAGGGGCAGGCGCCACCCGUCAACGGCGUAAUCGUCAGCUUUGUGCAGGCGGCUGGCGGUGAUGUGGAGAUGUUGCGCUCGACCGAGUGCGCGUACCGCUUCAAGUCGGCCGAGAUUCCUACCGUAUUCCGCGACCUGUUCCCACACUAA